CCUAUAUAGUUUAUAUAAUUUUUACUAGCAAUAAAUGUCAGGAAUUGUGAAAAACGGAGUUUAAAAUGUUUUUGGUUAAGGUUUAUGUCAACUGUACAUUUGAGCAGCGUACAGGACAAACAAACUGGUUCAACGUUGGUUUAGUGGAAAACAUAUUAAAACGGACUACAGGUACAAUGUAUUGGAAGACUUCUAACAGAUUUUGUUCUUAAAAUACCAGAAAAGUAUGAUUGCUAAUAUUACCGAAAUCAUAAUAUGUACGUCUUCAUGACAGAAGUCAAAGUAUAUUAUAUCCCAGAACCCUUCUGUGAUCUCUUUCUCUCUCUCAGACACACACAGGUGAUAGGUGGUUGUAAAUGUUGACAUUGACAGUGAUAAGUACUAUUGUUCAUAUUUGGUUCAAGGUCUUAAAAGUCCGACUUAUUUUCUGUUUGUAACACUUCAUGACACAUCACUGACAGAAGGAAAAUGGUUACCAUGAGAGUGAUGCCAACAACACAGGAAACCACAGAGAAAGCAGCUGUGCUACUGACAUGCUGAGACCCAUAGAGUCAGACAGCAGCCCUCCCACCGAUGCUCCACCCACUGCCAAUCAACCAUCAGAGACGGAAGAGAAAGUGAUAAAUCUCACUGGCUCUUUUUCCUGGUUCGUUUGAAGUCAACUAAAUAAGCAGAACAGACCCAGCUACUAUCGCAAUUGGUGUUUAUGGGAGAACUAUCCCUUAAGCAGAGCCUGGAACGGUGACCAACGUAAAUGGACAACGGUAAACAGCGUCUUAAUUUACCUGAAACGAUGGGGGUCUGCCACAACUUCUGGACCCAGCGCCCCCCACCUGACGCCCAUGAUGCCCAGCCCCUCAUCGCUAAACAAUGCAGUACUGAUGAUAGCCAGAAGGGGGCAGACAAGACACAGCUCAAAAAGAGACGCUGGUGUCGCAACAGCUGCCUUUGCCUGUUUCUGUUCCUGGUCGUGAUGAUGACUGUGGUCAUCCUGGAAGUUGACCUCAAAGAACGGAUCUCACCUUCAACAACCAAUCCAGCAGCAAACAUGUCAGUUGCGAUUCUGGCUGCCCCUCCCCCGUACGUGUCCCGAGGACCGUACCAUGUACAAUACCCACAUGAGUACUCCUUCAUCCUGGAUGAGCCAGAGAAAUGCCGGGAGAAGAACCCCUUCCUGGUUCUGAUGGUGCCAGUGGCGCCCUAUAACAGGGAGGCCCGUGAGGCCGUCCGCAGGACUUGGGGCAGUGAGAGGCAGGUACUGGGCAAAGAGGUCCGUCUGUUCUUCCUGCUGGGACUGCCCAGUGGAGAGGAGACAGAGCAGCUCCAGGAGAAGGUGCUGCAGGAGAGCAAAGAGCACCAGGAUCUGCUGCAGAGCGACUUCAUAGACAGCUACAAAAACCUGACCAUCAAGACCAUGGUGAUGAUGGAGUGGCUGAGCUCUCGCUGCCCCAACGCCUCCUACGCCAUGAAGAUCGACUCAGACAUGUUCCUCAACGUGAACACCUUGGUCAACAUGCUGCUUCACGCUCCAACGCAGAACUACCAGACUGGACUAGUGGCCCAAUGGGCCGCUGUUCUAAGAGACCGUAACUCCAAAUGGUACCUUCCAAAGGAGGUGUUUCCUGAACCGGUAUAUCCACCUUAUGCUCUGGGCCUGGGCUAUGUCUUCACCUUAGACCUCCCCAGGAAGCUGGUGGAGGCGUCCAGGCAUGUUAAAGCCGUCUACAUAGAGGAUGUGUAUCUGGGACUGUGUAUGAGACACCUGGGCAUCCGGCCUACUGACCCCCCCAGUGGAAACCUCUUCCAGGUUUUCCCUGUGGCUUAUGACCGCUGCACCUACUCACGGCUGAUAGCCACCACCACACACAGUAUCACUCACCAGGUCAACGCAUGGACAGACCUACACAAACCUGGUCCUCCCUGCUGAUCUCAUACAGUAACAGACUGACUGCUGUACCAAUCACUUCCUCGUUGUUUGUUCAUACACUAACUAACUAACAAACAAAAAACAAAGAUGGCGACACCUCCAGGGGAUGGGAAAAGGAUAUACAACAUUUCUGGAUAGAUCUGAAAAUAUCUGUGUAGCAACUCUCCCCAUCCAACCUGACAGAGCUGGAGAGGCUCUGCAGAGAAGAAUGGGAGAAACUCCCCAAAUACAGGUGUGCCAAGCUUCUAGCGUCAUACCCAAGAAGACUCAAGGCUGUAAUCACUGCCAACGGUGAUUCAACAAAGUACUGAGUAAAGGGUCUGAAUAGUUAUGUAAUAUCUCAGUUUUUAGUUUUUAUUUAAAAAAUAAAUCCUGUUUUUGCUUUGUCAUUAUGGGGUAUUGUGUGUAGAUUGAUGAGGGGAAAGAACUAUUUAAUCAAUUUUAGAAUAAGGCUUUAACCAAAAUGUGGAAAAAGUCAAGGUGUCUGAACACUUUCCAAAGGCACUGUAUACCUUGGUGAAGAACAUUAACACCCUGAAUGACCAGUUUCUUCACGUUACGUCCUUUGGGAGAAUGUUGUUUUUCUCUGAACCGAGGCAGACACCUUGCUACACCAGUUCUUUGAUUCCUAAGGCUUUUUUUAACAAAGACUGAGAGCAGCAGUUAUCUGUCUAACGUGGACAUGGUGAUGGACUGGACAGGACUAAGAAAUGGAUGCAAUGGGUUGGGUCUGUCUGUGGUGAAUGUGUGCACUACACUGAAGCAGCAGAAACCCAGAACAAGUUAAACAGGUUUAUCUUAAUAGAGACUAGUUGGCUGUGUUUAGACAGGCAGCCCAAUUCUGAUCUUUUUCCCACUAAUUGUUCAUUUGACAAAUCACAUCUCUUUCAGAGCUGAUGUGAUGGUGGAAAGUCUAAACACAGCCACUGCACUUAAUAAUCAGCUUUGCCCCUUUUCCCAGAGCAAACUGUAACAGGUUCAUUUGACCCAGCUUCUCACAACAAGAAAAAGAAUACUGGAGCAACAGGAAAUAUAUAUAAAUAUAUUAGUUUUCGUGAGGGAAAAUCAAGUUUGAAAUGUUAAACCUGAAAUGACAAACUUCAGAAGCCUGUUUAAACCACUAAAAUUGGCAUUUCCUGCUCUGCAGGAAAAUGAUCUGUGACAACAGAGUGACCAAAUAUAUAUAUCAGAUCUGUAUCAGUUAGUGAUGGAAAUAAGUGAAGGGGAUCUGUGAAGGCUUUGGCUGUAGAGUCAAUAGACCAGGAUGAAGGGUGUCAUUUGCACUGUCACCAAAGUCACAAGUCUAAUGAGGCAAUUCAGUAAAGAAACCUAUUGUUAUUUACAACGACGGCCUACACCGAACAGACCCAGAUGACACUGGGCCAAUUGUGCGCCGCCCUAUCGGACUCCUAAUCACGUCCGGAUGUGAUACUGCCUGGAAUCAAGACAUGGUUUCUGUAGUGACGCCUCAAGCACUGAGAUGCAGUGCCUUAAACCGCUGCGCCACUCAGGGGCCCCAAGUGAAGUAGCUUUGUAUGAGUUGUAGUUUUUUUAAUAUGUGGUGGAAGGAGGAAGUUUGAGUCGAGCGAUCAGGAAGAGAUGAUGCUUGCAUUCAUUUUGCAUUUCGCAGGGUCAGAGGGAAUUUGGUUUGCCUGAGAGUUUGUGCCAACUGCAUUGAAGACAGCUGAGACGGCACACUAAGGCAUUCCUAUCACUUCCUCCUUCGUUCCUGCCAGAGAUGUAAUCUGCUGAAUUUGUAAUACGUUUCCACUUUGAUUAAAAGGUUUUGCUCAUUUUUA